GGAGUAAAUAGAGUUUAUUUGGGCUUUAGGAUGACGUUCGGUAUAUUCCUCCAGCCGAGGACUCGAAGUUUCCAUUGCCGACAUCUACACUCGGAGUUCGGCUUCUUUUGUUCAUGAGGUGAGUGUCUGAAUUCCCCCCCCGUUCGCGCAGGGUCGCAGCAGCGAGCCACAAAAGCGGUGCCCGGCUCCCCAGCACACGAGCUCACCCCAUUCACCUUUACAUAGGUAGGUAGGUACCAUAAUCCCUUUGUGAAAAAUUGGAUGGUGAGUCGGAAUCAUGCGCGCGAGAGUACAAUCUGUGACGGUGACGUGGGUCCGAACCGGUUUGGGGUUGCACCUUCCAGCAUGGCAAUCGCAUCACCGCACGCCCCAAUUGAACUUCUCAGAUUUUCAACAUUGUGGUCGGGGCUCUUGCAUUCGGAGAUACAGCGGAUUGACAUCAUCGCCAAGAUCCUCUACCUUUUAUCGACAGCUUUCAGCCCGUCAUACCAACUCGAUUCCUCUCUCAUCGCAGAUUUCCCAUCGACUUUACCCCGCGCAACCCCGCUGUUACACCACGAUGGCGCCAGUUCCGAAAACCAUGUCCGGCAUCCUCAUCGAGGAGACGGGUGGAGUGGAAGUGCUCAAGUGGAAGACCGACCUACCCGUGCCGGAGCUUAAAGAGGGCGAGAUCCUCGUCCGGAACGAGUUCGUCGGCGUCAACUUCAUCGACACCUAUUUCCGCACCGGCCUCUACAAAUCCCCCCUCCCGCUCAUCACCGGCAAAGAAGCCGCCGGCACCAUCAUCGCCGCGCACCCCUCCGUGCACACCUCGGACCCGUCCCUGCAGGAAGGCACGUGCGUCGCCUACGUCGCCGACCACGCCUACGCGGAGCUGACCGCCGUGGGCGCCGACCGCGCCGCCGCCAUCCCCGCCGGCCUCGCCACCGACACGGCCGCCGCCAGCCUGCUGCAGGGCCUGACCGCGCUGACCUUCGUUCGGGAGGCGGCCGGGUUGGCGCGGCCGGGUGACCAGGUGAAGGGGCAGGGGCAGCUUGGGGUGAGCGAGGGACCCUGGGCGCUGGUGCACGCCGCCGCGGGCGGGACGGGGUUGAUGCUGGUGCAGAUGCUCGCGGCGCACGGGGCGCGCGUGAUUGGUACCGCGGGGGGCGAGGCCAAGUGCGCGCUGGCGAGGGGGAAUGGGGCGCAGUGGGUGGUGGACUCCAAGAGUGAGGACGUGGUGGGGAGGGUGAGGGAGAUUACGGGUGGGAAGGGGGUGGAUGUUAUUUUUGAUGGGGUGGGUAAGGCGACGUUUGAUGGGGACCUGGAGAUGAUUGCGCGCAAGGGGACGCUGGUUGUGUUUGGGAACGCGUCUGGUCCGGUGCCGCCCGUCGACGUUCUGAAAUUGGGCGCCAAAAACAUCAAGUUGAUGCGGCCGCAGCUCGUUUCGUACAUUGUGACCAAGGAGGAGAGGGCCGCCUACACCAAGGAGCUGUUUGAGUUGCUGCUGGCUGGUAAGGUGAAGGUCAAGAUUCAUGAGGUGUACCCCCUCAAGGAUGUUGGUCAGGCACACUCCGAUCUGGAGGGGAGGAAGACCGCAGGCAAGCUGCUGCUCAAGGUUUAAACCGACAGUGUCUUUCAUUCAUCUAUUCAUGGAUUAAUUAGCUCUAAUAAGUCGCCUUUUCUCCAAUAGCGCACCCCGAACUCUAGCCA